AUGGAUUGGCGUCUCGGUCGGGAUCCUCCUUCUCAUCACCACCAUAACCCUCGCAUCCUACUUCUGCACCCGCUCCCAGCCGCCGCCGACCAGGACGACUGGCGAGGCUGGGCCGCCGGGGCAGGGGCAAUGCGUGAUGGAGGUGGGGCUGGACGAGGCGACGCUGCUGAGCUACCCGAAGCUGCUCUACUCGCAGGCAAAGCUGCAAAAGAAGGACUCGACUCGACUGCCACGUGUUGCUCCAUCUGCUUGGCAGACUAUAAAGGCAGCGAUACCCUGCGGUUGUUGCCGGACUGCGGCCACCUUUUCCACCUCAAGUGCGUGGAUCCGUGGCUCCGACUGCACCCGACUUGCCCGGUUUGCCGGACUUCGCCCGUGCCGACUCCGAUGUCGACCCCUCUGGCGGAGGUGGUUUCCCCUGGCCAGGAGGCAGGGUGGAUGACUGGUUUUGGACCUGGCUCGAAGAUCACAUAG